UGCGCCCUCCCUUAUAAAUUGACAUUUGUUGUGGGAUUUAUUCAGUCAAUUACUCAGCGCACCUGACGGACAAGACAUGAGGGACGUCGCGAGGAUUUUUCUGCUUUUAUCGUUCGCCUUACUCGCUUCCGCCCUAGGUCAAGUCCCAGAGGACUGCUCGGCCCCGCCGGAGUUUCCUCACACGCGGCUCCUGAAGAAGUACACCGGCACGCGCAAGUUCUCCAGCGGGGAGAAGGUGCGCUACGGCUGCCGGGAGGACUCCGCUCCCUCCGCGGGGAGCACAGCCGUGCGCUGCGACGCUGGCAGAUGGAGCCAGCUCACUCUGAAGUGCGCCAAGAUCUCCUGUGGCAACGCCGGGGAGCUUCCUCACGGAGAGUUCCAGUAUGAAGGGGACACGGUCGUGGGGGAGAGAGUUUAUGCCGUAUGCAGAGAGGGAUACACGUUGAAAGGACUCAACUACAUGACGUGCAAGACGUCGGGCUGGACCGGUGAAUUCCCGACUUGUGUAGAGGGAGAGACCACCUGCUCCCCCCCUGCCGUGGCCCACUCCGCGAACCGCACCGGAGAGGUUCCCGUGCACCGGGCGGGAGACCACCUGACCUUCUCGUGCGCUCCUGGUUUCCAGCUGGACGGCGCUCAGCGCAUCACCUGUGGCCCCGAUGGCCUGUGGCGGCCCCCGGCCCCCCGGUGCCUGCCCCUGCCCGAUGAAACACGGUCCCCCGACGGAGGCGCAGGGCGAUGCGGCGUUCCGGUCACCGGCCGCCACUCCAACGCCGAGCUCGCCGACCGCUACUUGGGAACCGCCUCCUUCGCCUCCGGGGACAGAGUCCACUACGCGUGCGGCGUGGGACACGCGCAAGCGGGCGGCAGCAGGUAUCGCACGUGUGUGGCGGGAAAGUGGACCCCGCUGCUGCUCAAGUGUGAACGGAAGCUGUGCGGCUCUGCAGGAGAGAUCCUGAACGGCCAGUUCGAGUAUUCUGGAGUGAUGUUUGGAGACAAGGCGACGGCGGUGUGUGACGAGGGCCACCGUCUUGUCGGGCAGGCAACCAGAUACUGCCUGAGUGGCGGUUGGGACGGUCGUGUUCCUGUCUGUGAAGCUGUUGCCUGUGAGGAGCCUCCAGAGGAGACCAACGCAGUGAUGAUGGACCCUCAGGAGUCCGGCUACACAUACAGUUCUGUGAUCCGCUAUCAGUGUCGUGUGGGAACUCCGAUCGGAAAAAGGAACAUUUGGUGCACCAAGGACGGGACAUGGAGUGAUCCUCCUCCUAAAUGCAAAGUAAUAACGUGUCCGGAUCCAAAUGUGCCUCAUGCCUACUGGAGGGGACGUCGGUACAAGUUGUUCCAGGACAGAGACAGCGUAGUGAUACACUGUUACCCCGGUUACAGAAAGACCGGCCCAAGAGCCGUUACCUGUGGUGCCAACGGAUGGUCACCUGGCCUCCCUAAAUGUAAUCGUUUCAGCCGGAAGUGAUCACGACCGAAGAAGUUGAAACUACAUCCUUCCGUCCAACAGCAGAGGAUUGAAAAAACGGUUUCUUGAGCUUUUUCUUCCUUCGAAAAGUAGUCAUAAUACUCCAACAGCGAUAUUUUUGUACUUACUCAAAAGACUUUUGUAAACUCCUUUAUAGAGACAUUAAAAUCUGUUUGAAAUGAA